AUGAUUGCACUGCUGCGUGUGUCCUUGGCAUUCCUUUGCAACUUUGCCAGCGGCCCCGCAACCGUGCUAAGCAACAAGUCGGUCUUCACGCAUGCUCACUUCCACUAUCCUGUGGCAUUGACUAUUUGCCACUAUGUGUUCACGUGGCUGACGGUACGACUGCUAGCUCGCUUUGGAGUUUAUGAGAGGAUGUCCCUUCAGCUGCUGCCUCCCAAAGCCGACUCUCCCGCCAAAGAUCGUGGUAUGGAGUCUCUACAACAUUGCGUCGAAUGCUUCCUUGUCCCAGAAUUCGGUUGGCAUGUAUCAAAUGGUGAAACUGCUGAUGACUCCAUUCGCGGUGCUCUGGGACUUUGCCAUGUAUGGCAGAAAACCUACUGCUUGGCAAGCUGCCCUGCUCACCAUGGCGGUUUUUGGCAUCAGCCAGUGCACUGUUUCUGGAAUCCAGAACGGCGAAGUCACGCGUUUUGGUCUGGCAGUGGCGCUACUGUCGACACUUUUCGCAGUGGUCCAGAAAGGUUUGACUACCCACGUGGUGCAGCUGCUCGGUGGCACUUCACGCUCAUCAACAAGCGGAGAGUGCAUCUGGACGGCGAGGAAGAAGUGGUUGCUGCCGUCAUCGCCGUCGUCGUAGCAGUCGAACUAGGCCUGUCGGUGCCGGGCACCUUGAAAGGCCGAACCCCAAAGGAGCAAAGUGCAACGCAGAGCUUCGAAUCACCAGUGUCGAACGAGGCGGUGAGCUUGACAGGGACAGCCCGGCUUGGGGACCAGGGCCUGGAGACCUUCCACUCCGGUGUGUCCUCCUCGGGUCGCAGGGCGCGAGGAGCUGCGGCUGAGUCUGGGCCAAGCCUGGCGGAAAUCGGCAGCCGGUCGAAGCUGGAAGCCGUCAAAGGUUCCGUUGACAAGCGAGUCUCCACGAUGCAUUAUCAGAGACGAGCUGCUGGCACGGAGACUCGGGAGGCGCUUACGCCCCGGCGGCUCCGAGCAGAUCACGUGCAACGAAGGGAGGCAGAGCUCCAGAGGUGUCCAAAAAAGGCCCCAGUUUCUAGAGGGCUGCAGGUAUAG